AUGGACUCCGUCGUCUGGCAGAAUGACAAAUUUGCUUCCUCAGCCUCGGAGGUCGCUCGAAAACGGUGGAUUUCAAAAUCAUUUUAUUGGCUUACGCUUAAUUUGAUUUUGCUUCUGUGGAUCUCGGCUGUCCUGUAAGCAUGCCCGUGUUUCUUUCUAAGCUUAUGCAGGUCGCCCGCAAAUGUUCUUGCAAAUAUUUGGAAGUCAGCGCUGAGGGACUUAGCUGCACACUUUCUUAGUAAGCUUCUUUUUUCUGAACUAAUCUUUUCUAGCUUUAAGCAUAUUUAUAAUAUGCCUCCUGUCAUGUUUCUUCCACAGUUUUCAAUUACUUAGAGCCCUGAGACCCUUUACUACAAAAGCAAAAGGUUUGUUAAAAGUUACUUGUAACAGUCCUUAGGAACUUUUUAUCCACUGUCCACUCCGGACAGAAUCUUUGGUCCCAACGUUUUCUCGCCUCUGAAACGUGAGGUCUCGUCCAGUUCUUUAAGCGGGUGUGACAUCAAAUCAUGGAUGCAAACCAAAAUUCAAAAAUCUCCCAUUCAUCCUCAGUCUUCAUGGUCCCCAGGGGAACCCGAGAACCGCAGUUUUAGCGAGUUUUGGUUUUCCACGAUGCAGAAUGAGCCCCUCGCAUAUUCUCCAGAUCAGACGACACGUACGUUGCUUCCUUUUAAACGACCUUUUUCAGAUUUUGGGGCUCUUAUCCUUUUAUAUUUUCUGCCUUUUCUCUAUUUGUGCUCAAGUGGUAUUUGUUCUGGAGAUCUUCUGUGGACAUUUUUUUGGAUAUUUGAUUGACUGUUUAGAUGAAUUUAUAAUAAAACACUCGGCAUGUUUUUCAAACCAUUUUUUAAAAUGUAUGUUGCUUAUCCUUCAUGUAUCCGAAACAGUUGGCGUGCCAAAUGGUUCAACCGUGUUACCGGAAUAUGCGCGUUUCCGCAUGUUUCCCAAGUAAUCCUCUGUUGUACCAUUUACUCGUGCUCUAAAUCGUAUCUUAUAAUUGUUGAUUAGGAAUACGUCUGGCACCCGUUCUAAAUGCUGUCGUUCGCCAAACGCGACUUAACAGAAAUCCAAACAGACCAAUCUAAAUUUUAGGAAAUACUGACUCUCUUUAGGACGUCAUUGUCUUGGCAGAAGAGGUGCUGUGUAGCACUGAUCAGUAGAUAAUUAGGAUGGGGUUCAUGUUUUAACAGUGACAUCGCAGGCAGCUGCGUCACGAUCUUCAGAAUGAAUGAAUUCUGUCUUUUUCGUUGGUGGAUCCACCCGACAGAACUUAGCAAGUAUUGGCCAGUGGGUCGUGAACAGAGAUUUUGAUAUUUCAGUCAAGCGUCCUGUGGACAGUCACGUUAUUUUUUUCGAAAGUAGGUUCUCUCUGUAUCUAUAUUUUGCGCAAACCGCGUGGUCUAUGAAGCUUACCUCAUUUGGUUUCCCGAGACGUAUCCUCUGGGCUUGGACAGUGUGCAACAUUUGGCACUUCUUCCUGGACCGAACCGCUCUGCUAAUGAACCUCAGCUGCUGAGUUCAGAGAUGCUUGUAGGGUAGAAACAGUACUAGCAUUCCCCUGUACUUUACUUACUUAACGGCUCCCCUAGACGAAGAAGCAGUGAUUUUUUUACCUGACUUUGUUAACAGCAAUGAUGAUUACGAAUAGAGGACCUUAUUUCAGUCCACUCUCUCUCCUCCCUCUCUCACUCGAAUCUGCCAGCGCCGCGUUUACCUAUGUCAUCGAGCUUCAGUUCGUCAUUUUUAUUGAAUACCUCGAUCCAAAAUUCUGCCAUUGGCUUGGAGAAGUCGUCUGCAAUGGAUAACAGUUGGUCUACUGCCCUAGCCAGACCCCGAUGGAUUUCUUCCCCUCUCUCUUCCUCACUGGCUUCAUUCCAGUAUGAACUGUCUCCGUCUUCAGACACAAAGCCCAAGAGUGCUGUUGAUGAUCGCAGUCUUAACUCACCUGAUCCUACUAAGCCUCAGCUUUCUUCGGAUCCUCGCAUCUCAGAGCAGGAUGCACUGAAAGUAUGUUUCAUUAUUUAGGGCCCGACUAACUCCCUACUUAAUUUUAGAUGCUAGGCCUUAUUUUCUAAUUAAUCAACACGAUCGGAAUUGCUUUUACUUGUGUUUCUGUUUUCAACGCCCUCUCCAUUUACGGAUAAGCCUAGCCUAUGCCAUUAUUUAUUACCGUUACAAGCGACGGCAACUACAGCGACUUCAAUUAUUCCUUUAGUACUGGAAAGACAACAGGGUGACGGGUUCCGAUUUAGAACGCUGGACCAUUAACAUUCGUCGUGUGAGUUUUUUGUUUGACUUUUUAUACCCAUGUUAUGCAACCAUUUGGACCAUGCAAUUGAGUUCAGUCUUGCAUUUUUUAGUGGCUUCAUGGUACCAUUGUUCGUCGCGUGGUUGACGAGAUAACCUUCGUGAACGCGAAAAUCUUGGAAACCUCGGAGGACGCGGCGCUUAUUGGCUGUGAGCAACAUUUGCCCUUUUUAGCAUGUGCUUACUAGUUGUGUGAACUUGUGUUGUCGGUUUCCCCCCGAGAAGAGCACGACAACGUAUGACUGACGGCUGCUCUCAGUUAUUAAUCAACUAACGAUCGGGACUACUGGAAGAGAAGAGGCGAUUUCCGGGAAGUAGUCACGGAAAGGAGACACGAUCGCUGGGACAGGCACAUUAUUAGCCUAACGCUUCGCAUUCUAACUCGAGUCCAUCAUCAGAGGCAGAGUCAGAUAAGGGUAGUGGAUUGCCCAGGUGUUACAAUAUUUAUAGGAUGUAGUUGUUAGGCCGCUACAUGCCUAUCAGAGUUGACAACUUCCGGAGGCAACCAUGAGGCGCCAGAUCAGGAACCCGAAAGCCCCACUGCCACGGCAGGAAACGUCUGGAGUCGUUUACCGGGUCUGGUGCAGUUAUGGUCAAAGCAACUACGUCGGAGGAGCUGGAAGACUACUCCGGAUGCGGUUGGUCGAGCACGCAGCAGCAGUUAGUGGGGACGACGCCAGCUGUCAAGUCGCAGCCCAUUCGACGGGACUCAACCACACAUUCAAGUUUGACAAAGCAGAAAUCCUUGUUAUAGGCGACAACCGUGCGAGCCGUGAACUGCUGGAGUCAUGGUUUUUCGGUCCUCAAUAAAUCAACAAGCGCACUGACCUCCCCUCUCCAUACUGGGCGCUGAAACGUAGCCUAGACAAAGUAGUUAGCUGCGAGGAGAACGUGCGGAUAACCACUGUCCCCGAUAUCAAUGUCAGCGAGCCAAGUCACCCAAGAGUCCACGCGGAUGACGAAAUCCGGUAGUCAGCCCCUCGGCGGCAUCCGAUGAGCGUGGGGACCGAUUAUCUUGACUGACACACAGGCGCAUAGCAACUGAAUUGCAGCGGCAUACUUAAACACCUGACCAGUCGAGUUGUGAUGCGCUCAGCAGCUGCCAACUGUGAUAGGCAUGUAGCGGCCGAGCAACUACAUCCUAUAAAUAUUGCAACACGUGGGCAAUCUCUGAUGAUGAAUUCCAGCUAGAAUCCGAAACUCCAGGCUAAUAAAGCACCUUUUCCAGCGAUCGUGUCUCCUCCCCUGAGAGCAGGACUAAAUUUGUCCCGUAAAUUUCUCUAAACUUUUGACAGAAAAAAUUGUGUAUCGUCCUGGUCGGUCGUGAUCGCGCCGUAUGUUGGAUCUGACAGAUUUGGUCUGAGUGAAAGUAGUAGAGUAAGAGUGAAAGAAUUGUCGUUCUGUCUGAAAUGUAAUGGUUGUUUUUCCUACCUCUGGUAGCUGCCAGGAAACCUUCAGAUAGAAGUGGAUCUGAGGUCCAGAGUAAACGUGGAAAGCCAAGACUGCAUGAACAAGGUGGAUUCUGGUGUGUUUUUCGACGACAGCGUUGUAAGGGUGGCAAGUGAAUGCCAUUUUUACAUCAAUGCCGUUAACGGAAUGAAUUACUCCUCUGAGUUAUAGUUCGCGGGCUUUGGAGGCUCGUGUUUAACUGCUUGCCUCGUCUGCAACUCCAGAGUAUGCCGGGAUUUUUGUCUUGCAAGGUUAUGGUGUCCACUCAGCGUUGAUGAAUGCUCUUGUGACCGAAGAUCACCUUAAAGAUGUCGAUGAGCAUGUUUCUGUCAACAGUGUCCGUUGUUGGCCGUCAGAUUGGUCGCCCACCGAAUUUGAUGGCCUCCCAGACUGUCAAGCGUAGUCAGGUUUUGAAAGUACCUAUUUGAGUAGUGCAGUCUUUCGGUGAAGGGCUUCCCAUAUAUUACCACUUGGGCCGCAUUUUUAGGCCUCAUCAAAGUGAAUACUCUUCCAUCAUGAAGGUCGAGAUCAGUAUAAAUUUCAGCAAACAAAGACAUCAUUUAAUCAGUUUUCUGCGUGAGCAUUACUGUGUGUCAUGCAUUCCAUAGGCGAGGAUCCGAUUCCCUCAUCAUUUUCCUAAUUAUGCUCAAACGGAGCACGGGCAAACGUCCCUUUUGAAUAGUCCUGGCAUUCAUGUUGUCAUAUCCGGCGGAUAAAAUCUUCGCCCGUAGUGUUUUUGUCCACCCUGCUUAUUUCGAGACAGGAUUCUAAUCCUAUUAAUUCAUUAUCGUUUAAAAAAAUUCCCGAUGACUCACGCGGCAAUCUUUCUGCCUCUACUUAUCUGCCAAAAUCCAUGUAGGCGUCUUUGCCAUAUUCUGUGAUAGAGAAACAUGACAGCAUAUUACAGGUGCUCCUUGUAUGCCUCUUCACAAAUUACCGAAUUCUCUCCGAUACAAUGAAUUUUUGCCUGCAUACCUUAUUACUGCGCUUUGUGACACCAAAUUCGACCACACUACGUACCAGGAUUCUCAAAAGUGAGACGAGCAUCGUUUUCGGAGAAGAACGUGACUGUUCCCACCCGGCUCUGACUAAUUUCCUCAGGCAGAAAAUCAGGUUUUCCAGUUCGAGGAGGAAUCCAGUGUAAAACUUCCAUUAGUGCUCUUUCACAGCAGAAAGCUCACAAACAUGCGGCCAUGCUCUGCAGGACUAAACAACACAAGAAUUCACCUGGAUAUAAUGGAACACCGUUUUUUUCUUACAGUAUCCUGCCUGUCUUCAGUAAGCCGGCCUUAAAAUAUGCCCUGCUUCCGAAAAAUGGGCCCUUUGCGUAUCCCAUGUUUAGAAUAACUAGAAAGUUUCAACGUUUCAUAUACCUUCUACUGAUCUUGAUUUCGGUCGCCCUAUUUCCAGCGUUUCAUCACCCACUGCUUUUUAAGAACUUUGGAAGGCACGACUGGGGCCUGACAUAAGGUCCGAUAAGGAUUGUCACUGUUAUCUUGUCGGAGCUUGCGUCAGUUCUUUUGCAACCUGCCGUGAAAUCUCCGUUACCAUUGAGGAGGGAGGGGCUAAAGCACUGAGAAUAAGUCAGUAUUUAAAGCAGGCAUACAUAGCAGAAUUUAUUUGUACUGACAAAUUUCGAGACGGCAUAUCAACUGCAACCUCUCGCUGCAGUUGCGAAUGCUGGGUGACCUUUGUUGCCUGUGCAGUGGCGGUCGGUUGACCCACCAGCUCUCCCAGUCUUUCGGAGCCGAUUUUUCUGCCAUUCAAAGCAGUGAUUGAAGGCAUGCUUAUAACGCGACCGAGCUCGGCUGGACAUAGAGCUGUACGUCUCUAAAGUUUCAUAUCCAAUUGUUGUGACGCCAGUGAUCGAUCCAAAAGGUCCGCCCAGCUUUCUUUGAUCAUCAGUGAUGACCAUCCACAACUAAUUUCUCCUUCUGUUUGGCCAGUACAUGGAUACCGUGUUUGCCAUCUCACACUGGUCCGCAGAGCAUGGGACAAAGUUUUUUCUGCUCUACGGAGAGUUAGGUCCCAUGGAUGACACCAGUGCAUACCACAUGCGAAAAAAUCCUAUCUGAUGUCUACUACUUUUCCGCUGUUCCCUAGGCUACCAUCUACAGCGGUCCGCGCGAGGAUUGGCCUGGGCCAAAGCAGGGGCCCACUUUAUUGAGCUGCUCACCCCAUAACAAGUCUCAUAAAUAGGGGGUGCAUAGUCGCACGCCUAGGCGCAGGUUUGUGCAACGUCAAUUACUUGCGUCCGAUCCCGUCUCUGGUCUUUUUGACUCUGUCUUGACACGGGGCCCAGAAUGGAGAGGGAAGAGAGACAGAGAGGGAGGGAGUGUGGUAGAUGCAGCGCAAGUCUUCUAUCACUACAAACUAACUCAUGCGCGGGUCACUAUCUCUGCGCGCACUCCGUUGUGGGACACGGUGGACAUCGUCGGAAACGACGGUCGGACUGUCACUGCUUCCCCAGGAUUGCUGACUUAUUUCCUCUGAGGAGGGAUUAAUGAGCGUAUGACCAAGCCGUAUGUCUUUAAAUUUCUUUCACUUUUCCUCAGCGACUACAUUGAAUACGCUCGAACAACUGGCUUUCAGCAAAUACCGCCACAUCUCAACCCUUCCAACAUUAAUCCGUUUCCUAAACUGCACCAAGGACCAGGGCUAUCUUGUAUCCAGACUGCGUGGUAAGCGAAAUCGUGCCACUUGUUUGCUCUUAGUUGCAUGCGUUUCUUUCGAGCGCGGAUUAUCUGAAUUUACUCCUCUGUACCGAGUUUACACUACUGUUCUGUCUUAACUUCCUACUUUGGUUACGUUUACAAUGACGAAUGCAGGCACCUUUUCUUUUAGUUAUCCGAAUUUUUCUGACGGUUCUCUGGUUAUGGGUCCUCCCUUAGCAAUGCCUGCACUUAUCAGGCGCUCCUAAAAUAAACGUAAGUAGGGUUGAAAACCAGAGCUGGUCCGAAGUUCUCGUACUGCGCAAAAGAAGGAGAAAAGUAAAUUCGCACCGUUGCCAUUUUCAGCAACAGUUUUCGACGUUUACCAAAACCUAAUUUAUCAGAGGACACCUAUAUGCAUUCUGAGACGGUGCGUAGGCGGUUCGGAUCAUACACGUUGAAUUAAGCCUUCUUUUUGCAGCAAGAGAGUUGUCCACAGUGUACAAACUCUUUUUAUUGUCUCCAGAGCUUGCCCGAGGGAGCUUCCUCGAAGAAUUUCGUUGGGACGGAGGUUCCAAAAGCACCACCUCUCCAUGGAAAGAACAUAUACCUACCGACACCUUGGUGUGUUUCUUUUACAUAAACAACCCUUGUGUAGCUUUACUUCUAA